GUGCUGAUCAGCCCUAGGCCGAAGAUCGACGGGUGGGAGUGCGCAAUCCGCCACGGCACGAGGCAAGUGUGGACGAAAUUCUCAAACGCCAGAGCCCCCGUCUCAGACACCCUGAUCGGGACGGUGCAGCACGCCAACAAGCUCAUGCAGAAGAUGAUCAAAGCUCAUGAUGUGCCCAAAGAUGCAGAUGAGGGCGCCAGUUCGGACGAUCCUCCCGAGGGGAAGGACAAGAAGUCCAAGGGCGGCAAAUCUGGCGGCAAGGGGAAAAAGAAGUCCAAGGGCGGCAAGUCUGGCGGCAAGGGCAAGAAGGCAAAAGGUGGCAAGGCCGAGGGCGAGAAGGAGAACAAGAAGGAGAGCGAUGACGACGAUGCCCCCGGGAACGACAAGGAAAUUGAGAAGGACGAGGGCCCAGAGAGCGUCAAUGAGAAUGAUAAGAAGGACGAGCUCUCGAGCUGGAGGACUUCGACGCAGCUGGAGGACUUCGACACGCAGCUGGAGGACUUCGACGAGGAGGCGGCUGCGGCUGCGGCGGCGCCUGUGGAGGCGGCUGCGGCGGCGCCUGUGGCUGCGGCGCCGGACGAGCCUGCGGCGCCGGACGAGCCUGCGGCAGCGGGCGA